CUGCGAAUAAUUCAGCUCGAGUGGCACUUUUCAUACGUGACAGGGCAUAUUUUGUUGUUUCUUUUAAUUCAAACCACGUUCGGACUGAUGAGGGAAGCAGCUAGAGUUUCCAGUUUCCUCCUUCAGGUCAAAGUGGAGGGCGAAGGCGUGCUCCGUUACCAGGGCGACGGUCAGCUAACAGGACUCACGCUAAUGGCGCUAGGCUAGCACCCUCAAUGCGACUUCAAUGUCCUUUUGACACAACAGUACGCUAAAAAAUAUAUGUAUUUAAACUCAUGAGCGAAAUGAAGCAUCCACAUAUGCAUGUUGUGGAUAGUGGAUGCAUAGGUGGUGUCUAAAACUCAAAGGAAUGCAUCGUAAGUAACUAGUUAGGAGCUGAGCGGAGUGAUGACAGGCUACAAAAUAAUCAAGAAAAUUGGGGAAGGCACAUUUUCAGAGGUCCUGAAAACUCAGAGCUUAAAAGAUGGGAAGUUUUAUGCAUGUAAAACCAUGAAGCAGACAAUAAACAGUCUGGAGCAGGCCAACAAUCUGCGGGAAGUCCAGGCAAUGAAGAGACUGAGCCCUCAUGCAAAUAUUGUCCAGCUACAUGAACUGAUCUUUGACAAGGAAACUGGAAGGGUAUCUUUGAUAUGUGAGCUGAUGGAAAUGAAUAUCUAUGAGUUCAUACAAGGAAGAAAAACACCUCUGCCUGAACAUACAGUAAAGCACUACAUGUACCAGCUCUGCAAGUCGCUUGAACACAUGCACAGCUGUGGGAUCUUUCACAGAGAUGUAAAACCAGAAAACAUUCUUAUAAAGCAAAACAUUUUGAAGCUUGGCGAUUUUGGCUCGUGUCGGAGCGUGUACUCGAAGCCGCCACACACAGAGUACAUCUCCACACGCUGGUACAGAGCCCCCGAGUGCCUGCUCACCGACGGGUAUUACAGCCUUAAGAUGGACAUUUGGAGCGCCGGUUGUGUCUUCUUUGAAAUCAUGAGCUUGAAUCCUCUCUUCCCUGGAACCAACGAGUUGGACCAGAUUGCCAAGAUUCAUGAUAUUUUGGGAACACCAGAUCAAAGUCUGCUCCAAAAGUUCAAGCAGUCUAGAGCGAUGCAUUUCAACUUCCCUCCAAAAAAAGGCACUGGCAUCUCACGGUUAAUCCCCAAAUGCCCAGCUCCAGCUCUGUCUCUCCUCUACCAGAUGCUUGCCUAUGACUCCGAUGAACGAAUCACUGCCGAAACAGCCCUAAGGCACACAUACUUUAGGGAAAUAAGGAUGGCAGAAAAGAAGGCCGAGAGUCUUCACAGAGUUUCUGGGACUAUGGAUGUAAUCGGAAGUUGUGUGACACAAAACUCAGUUGACCAUAUCUGUCGACCAGCUCGAGUUGGGAAACAACUGAGAGGGAGACACACGAGACAAACACCUUUAAUGAGUCACAACAUGAAGCAUGUAGCAGACACCCUCAUCCGACGGAACAUCCCUCAUUAUCCAGCAGAGCUGCCCAAGCUCAACGUGGUUGUACCGGGACCGCAGAUCUCCUUCCCAGUCUCCACUAUGCCCACAUUUACCGUCACUCACAGAGGCACACUGCCAACUAUCACAUCCAAAAAGUGCCAGUCACAGUUGGCCAAGCCCCGGGAUGACUCACACCAUGCAGCUUUCAAGACCUACUAUAUGCCACCUCUGGAUAGAAAACAUGGAGGCUGCUGAGAGCCAAAAAACAGGAAGUAUUACAUUAAAAAAAACCAAACCUUUUAAUACUGGCUAGACCUGUACUGAAAUGGAUAACUUGAGAAGACACGUCUGUAAAACAUCACAACUGUGCUUGAGACGUGAGUCACAGAAGACCAUAAAACCUGUUAUCUCGACACUUAACUGCUGCCCCAAACUGACAACGGAAAUUCAUAAACGGCAUAUUUUUUCAUCCGUUGGAUUAAGAGUAUGGAGGUUUAGUUUUACUUGACUUUGUCAGGUUUUGUUUGUUUACAACUCUUAAAAAUUGAAUGGGAACUUCUUGUAAAGCAAUACGACACCUGCAAAAAGCAGCCACACCACUUGGGCUUGUUUGAGAUUGUACAACUUUGAAUCAAAAGAUUAAGCCAAUUUUAACAUUGACCCCCAAAAAAAAAAAAGGAAAAGUGCACACAGACGUCUUCAAUUUGCUACCCUGCUCUGACCUCCCAGCUAUUUUUACAAAAACCACUUUGAGAAGUUUAAACAUUACUUGAAUGAGACUGAGACUGCCUCUACAUAAUUAUAGUUCGACUUCACUGUAAUACUCUGGAAGUUCUAACAGCUGGAUUUUUUUAAAGACAAAGGGACAUUUCAAAUCUCCACUAACUUUGUUGACUCACAUUUUCCCAGAAGCUGACAAAAAGAUUGAGGAAAACCUGAGAUCAGGGAAUUUUUUUUCCCCCCAGUAAAAUAGGAGAGGUCCAGUUGGAGAGUGCGCUACCUUACCUGGAAAUCUUCACAUUCCACACAGUAGCUUUAAUUAAUCUGCUGGGAUUUAAAGUUGUAAAAAGUAAUAAAUGUGAAAACAUUCAGAGCUGGGGUUAAUUUUUUUUUUUUAGAUUUGUAGAGAUGUGAUGGAAGUCCUUGAAAUACAGAAUUUAAAAAAGGCCCAGUCUUCCUGUACAAAUGUCAAGAACCAGAACUUCAACAGCCCUCAGCGUCAGUGUUGUGUUUGGAAACAGAUUUUGCAGUUAUGCUUAAAAACCGACUGCAGAUUAGGUUUAAAAAGGAUAUUUGUAUGUUUGUUGGAUGCAAAAAUGUAGCUUGGCCAGUACCUCCAUACCCCUUCACUUGAGGGACUGUUGCUUUUCAUUUCUCUCAGAGCUGUGAGCUCUUUAAAUCGGACUGUGACUCAGUCUGCACAUCAUUGUGAAGCAUUACUGGAGUGAAAAGAAAAACUCAUCAAGCACCAUUUGUAUAAUGUUGUCAUUAAACUCUGUUCAAAGCUGGCAUAUUAUCGACAAACUCCUGACAUGUUAACAGAAUGAACUGAUGAGAAAGUGGGUAAUCUAAGCUCUAUCAGCUUUCCAUCUAAUGCAGGGGUCACUUAUGACAUUAUUAUCAGUGCAUUAAAAAUGCAUUACUGUCAAAUGGGAAUGCCUCCUCCUUUGUUGUGUUUGUCUGUUUUUCGUCUUUCAUUAGUUAAAAUUUCAAUCUGGAGAAAAAUAAUAAAAUAAAUUAAAAACAGCAGUUCUGAAGUUGAGCAGCAUUAAGAUUCAAGUAUCUGCCACACUUCCACUGACAAUUCCACGCGACAGACAUUACAGCUUUUUGUUAUACCAAAUGAAUUAGGCGUGAGUGCAGGAAUGAAUGAAAACAGCAAACAGUGUAUUCAAGAUUAUUUUAAUAUUAUUAAUAUGUAUACUUUAGGCUUUAGAAAUAUAACUAUCAAUGACAAAACUUCCACUGGAGUAAUGGUAGUUUGCUUAGGCCCCCAUCAAAUCAAUUAAUUACAAUAUACACAUUAUGAUACAGAGCAGAUUUAAAUCUGAAAUAAUAUUAAAAUAAAUGCUCAAUAGAUAAAGGUUUUAAUUGUAUUUUUUAUCAUUUUCUUGACCUACUGUUAGCCAUCUGUGAGUUCUGAGCACACCCAAAAAAUGUAAAGCCAUAUUCUUCUAUAAACUAAUUUAAGUGCAAACCUUUUUUUUUUCUUUAAAAAGACUAUGAUUGCAGCAUCCAGCUAUAUAGAUUCAGAUUUCAAGACUGAGGAUGGUAAAGCCAAGUGGAACAAGGCAAUCCUCAACUCUCUUUUUUUGUUCCAUUAGAGAAGUUAUAAAACAAAAAAACGACAAAGUAGCUAACAAAAAUCAGUGCAAAGUCAUCAACGGGGAGAUUCUAUUCAAGAAAAGAGAAGUGGUGGGUGAAUGUGGAUGGAUGCAAAAAUUUCAGAUGCUUACGCACUUGGUCAUAAAAGGAUAGUUCUUCUAAAGUUCAGUUUUAGUCAGUAACCCAGAGUUGGGUUAAAUGACAACAUUAAAAUAAAAAAAGAGAUUAUUAUGAAAAUUAAAUGAACUAUCCCUUUAGUCUCAAGCCACAGUUGUCUGGUUUGCAUCUAACAAAGCCAAGCAUUAAUUCCAGAAAAGCCUAAUGAGAUUUGACACGCGCGCACGCACACGCACGCACGCAAACACACACACACACACACA